AUGCAUCACAACCAUUUCCGCCACUCCCGCAUUGAGAGGCUUAUGAGCGCCAGGCACCAUCUCCAAGCCGAACUCACCAACGAUGUCAUUGAUAGCGGCUUGCUUGAAAAUUCAUCUCCAUCAGCAACUCUCAAUCUCCCGGCUACAGAUGUCAUCUCGGAUGAGACUUGCGAUCCAUCGACAAAUGCCACGUGCCAUGAGCGUGAGAUAGAUGGAUCUGAUACAUCACCUCAGAAACGCGAUGAGACGACACCUACUGAUACGAUAGUCGUUGAGACUGUGUUGCAGGUAGUCGAUACUAACUCGCAUACUCUCUGGCAGUCGACUGGAGCGGCUCUUCCGAUGACAUUUUCAGAUCCUGCAGUUGGCACUUUCACCAUCCCAUCAUCUGAAAGUACCCCUGCAACUGCCGCUAUUGCUGUCUCUGCCUCUAUCUCUGCGACGGUAUCAAUGCCCACGUCAACCCCACCAGGAUCUUCCACCCAGUCGACAACAUCGCUGCUUAGCGAGUCCUCAUUAAGCAGUAUCACAAAUUCGACUCAAUCUACUACGAGCACGGCCAGCACCACCAGUCGUGCUCCUUCGUCCUCGAGACUGGUGUCGGCCAUCAGUUCUCCGGCAACGUCGACCCCUUUUGUUGCUUCUUCAACCACAUCCUCGUCUACUUUCAACUCACCAUAUGGUUACUACUGGACGCAAUCUGAAUCCAAUUGGGGCUCCUCCACCUCCACAAGCUCAACGGACACCGCAACUUAUUCGCCCUCUUCGACAAGUUUCUAUGGAACCUCUGGUGUGACCAGCACUGAAACAGGUAGCGGUUCCACGCCAACAGCUAGUGAAACGACUGCCGCAGGAACUGGUUCCUCGAGUCAAGCCACUAAAUCUAAAAUCGUUGGUGGGGUUGUCGGAUCUAUUGCUGGUCUUGCUCUGCUUUUGUUCCUCCUUGUCUACCUCCUUCGUCGUCGAGGACUCCUCCGUGGGAAGAGUGGGGCUCACGCUCCUCUUUCAGACGAUGCAGCAAUUGGAGCUGGAGCUGGGGCUGGAACCAGAGAAAUAACCGAACGUCGCUCAAGCAACGACCCCCUUUUCACGGCAUCCUAUUUUGCCCCCGCUUUCAUGAAACGCUGGCGUCAGUCAACUCAAACAGUGCGUACGGAGAGUACGAUUGACUCAAAUUCCAGCGAGCGUGGCUUCCAAAAGAUCUCCGGUCGAAAACUUCCCCCCGUGCUCACUCACGGUGGCGAUGGUUUUGGUGGUGGAUUAGAUGGAGACUCCCCCACACUCCCAGGCUUUCUCCCUAAUUCGCCAGGUCCAGGGCCAGGAGGCCAACCCGUCUUCCAUGCACCGCCCCCUGCCUCGCCAUAUGGCAUGCCACUCGACUCAAAUUACACCCGCGAGAUCGAGGAGUAUCAGGCACCUAUCCGACCUUCACCCGUGCACCUCCCCAUAUCCAACACGGUGCCUGUCGCCACUCCUGUCACAGUCACACCAGCACUUCCUGUACCUCAGCCCCAAAGUGCCAUUCCCAUCGUCCCCCAGCGACCAGAUGGGUUGGGCCGCAACUUGCCGAGCUUCGACGGUAGUCGAAGCAGUCGUUUCACGGAGGGCAUUGACUUGUGA